UUCUAAUCCAUGCAUUUUUAUUAUAUUAUUAUAUAGUUUUCAUUAUUAUAAUAUACAAUGUAAACCUAAUUUGAAAAUGACAUUUUUCAUCUUUUGACACCCUCAAAUCCUUCUAGCCUAUAUAUAUUGCACCCAAAGUCCCACCAAGAAUAUCAACCAAUUCAAUUAAUCUUUACACUCUCCUACUCCCUAAUUUUUCUCCUCGAUCAACUUCUCCUCUUUCAACUAGCAUUAGAAGAACCAAAACACCGAAAAGUUAUAAACGAAUCGAAGAUGGGUAGGUCUCCAUGUUGUGAUGAUAUUAGUGAGUUGAAGAAGGGUCCUUGGACACCAGAAGAAGAUGAAUUGCUCGUCUCUUACAUCCAAAAACAUGGUCUUGGAAGUUGGCGGGCUCUUCCUAAAGCCGCCGGGUUGAAUAGGUGUGGUAAGAGUUGUAGAUUGAGAUGGACUAAUUACUUGAGGCCGGACAUUAAGCGUGGUCGCUUCACUGAAGAGGAAGAAGACAUGAUUAUCAAGCUUCAUUCUGUUCUUGGCAACAAGUGGUCAAGAAUAGCAGCUCAUCUACCAGGAAGAACUGAUAAUGAGAUUAAGAACUAUUGGAACACCCACCUAAGGAAAAAACUCCUACAAAUGGGUAUUGAUCCAGUUACUCACAAACCAAGAAAUGACCUUAAUCUCCUUGCUAAUCUCUCCCAACUUCUUUCAACACCACAAAAUUUAGGCCCAAUGAUGAAUCCUUGGGACAUCAACAAUGCUCUUAGGAUACAACCAAACGUCGCGGCUGAGGUAGCCAAGCUCCAAGUCCUACAAAACAUCUUCCAAAUCCUAAACGCAAAUAAUCCAUCAUCGACGUCAUCAUCAUCAUUAUCCCUCCCAAAUAUGGACCAAACCAUGGCAUUAAACUUAGGAUCAUCAUAUUCUAAUGGUAUGGUUAACAUUAAUAAUAUUAGUAACCCUAUGUGUUCAACCUCUCAAGGUUUUUGCCAAGUUCCAAAUUUUGCGGUCGGUCCAAGCCAACAAGCAAUAGUUGAUCAUAAAUAUGAUAAUAAUACACCAGAGUUAUAUAACACAAGCUUGGAUACAAAUUGUAACAAGAGUUUAAGUAGUACAACUACUUAUGAAACCCUAGAUGAAAAUAAAUUACCAUCAUUGGUUAAUUUUUCACCUGAGGCUUCAACUGUAAACCAAAUUGAGAGCAACACAAACUCUACCAAUGGCUCCUCUGCUUUGGGCCCCACUACUGAUGAUUUCUUCGAAGGUUGGGAUAAGCUUUUGGAUGAUGGCAACAGUGAUUUCUGGAAACAAUUCAUAAACUAACGGUGUGGUUCGUAGUAAGCACAAACUUCGUCAUGCAUGGACGUAUCUUCUUCUAUGAAAUUCAAGAGAAAUUAAUUUGUUGAGUUAAUUAAACACUUUAUAAGUUGAUUUGUUCAAAUUCUUUUUUUUUCAUUUUUUGGGUGGGUGGGGG